AUGCUUCCUGUUAUCUUAAUAUGUCACCGAGAUAGCGACGUGUUGUCUUUAUUGCAGGGUACUGGGUACUACGAAAACGAAAGUCAGCUCCUUGAAUAUGUAGAUAAAGAUAUUGGAUUUAGUAUACACAAAGAUACACAAAAGAGAAUAUGUUACAUAAAAACACUUACUCAGGAAUACGUAUUUAAUUCUUCACAUUUAAAAGAAAUAUGUCACGACUCCUUGAUAAUUUUUGUUUCUCCAUCAAUUAAUUAUGAACGUAAAACAAGAUUUAAAAGAGCGAAUGGAAAUUAUGGACCGAUUCGGGGACAAACGCAAUCGCAAUAUCUUAAUUUUGGAAAAGGAGAUAAAGGAGUGGCAGAGGCUGAAUCAUCGUAUGGGUCUUCAAGAGCAGUCGUUAGUGGAAGUAAUGGAAUGGGACAAGCACAAAGUCAAAGUGUUGGACUUGAUUGUUCACAAUGUUUUGAUCAACCUUAUGGUCGACCCACAGCAGAGAUGCAAUUCAAACCUGAGACAAUAAGAAAACCAGGAGAUAAGCCAGGAAUUCCAAUGGGACCUUAUAUUUCAGGGACGCCAGGAGGUCGACCACCUCUUCCAAGUGGAACAAUCGUCACUAAACCAGGAACAGAAUAUAUUCCUGGUACACCAGGAAAAUCUCCAGGAUUUCCUAUGGGACCAGAUAUUUAUAGAACUGAUCAACCAGGUACUCCUGGAACACCGGGAAGAUUCACACCCGGAGUACCAGGUACCAUAUCGGGACCUCAGAUACCUGGUAGAAUAAGUUUACCAGGAGAACAAUAUAUUUCUGGAAUACCUGGUGGUCCAGGGAGACCUAGCUAUCAGCCAGGAAUACCAGGCGGGCCUGGAUACCAACCAGGACAGACUGGUCAUCGGCCGGGGAUACCAGGAGGAGCAACUUACCAACCAGGUGUUCCAGGAGGGCAGGGUUAUCAACCAGGAGGACCAAGUUAUCCAUCAGGGCCACCAGGAGAUCAUAUAUAUAAACCUGGAACCCCUGGAAGCUUUCAACCAAGAGGACCUAGUUAUCAACCAGGAACACCAGGAGCCCCUCAAUACCAGCCAGGGACACCUGGAGGACCCUCUUAUCAACCAGGAACUCCUGGAAGACCAUUUUAUCAACCAGGCGCUCCUGGAGGUCUUAGUUACCAACCAGGAAUUACUGGAGGACCUAGUUAUCAACCAGGAAUUUCUGGUGGACCUAGUUAUCAGCCAGGAAUUCCUGGAGGACCUAGUUAUCAACCAGGCAUUCCUGGAGGACCUACUUAUCAACCUGGCACACUUGGAAUUCCUUCCUAUCAACCCGGGACUCCCGGAGGACCGAUUUAUCCACCAGAGAUUCCUGGAGGCCCUAGUUAUCAACCAGGCAUUCCUGGAGGACCUACUUAUCAACCUGGCACACCUGGGACUCCUUCUUAUCAACCAGGGACUCCCGGAGGACCGAUUUAUCCACCAGAGAUUCCUGGAGGCCCUAGUUAUCAACCAGGCAUUCCUGGAGGACCUACUUAUCAACCUGGCACACCUGGGACUCCUUCUUAUCAACCAGGGACUCCCGGAGGACCGAUUCAUCCACCAGGGAUUCCUGGAGGCCCUACUUAUCAACCACGAAUUCCUGGAGAACCUAGUUAUCAGCCAGGAAUUCCUGGCGGACCUAGUUAUCAACCAGGAACUCCUGGACGACCUACUUAUCAACCUGGAGCUCCUACUUAUCCUCCAGGAACUCCUGGAGGACCAACUUAUCAACCAGGAAUUCCUGGAGCUGCUAUAUAUCAACCAGGAACUCCUGGUGUCCCAACUUAUCAACCAGCGACUCCUGGAGCACCCGCUUAUCUACCAGGCGCACCAGGAGCCCCUACAUACCAACCAGGGACUCCUGGAGGACCCUCCUAUCAACCAGGAAGUCCUGAUGGCCCCCCCUAUCAACCGGGAACCCCUGGAAGACCAUCUUAUCCACCAGGAAUCCCUGGCCUACCUAGUUACCAACCAGGAAUUCCUGGAGGUAGCAUUUACCACCCGGGAAUCUCUGCAACACCUGCUUACCAACCUGGAACAUCUGGUGCCCCUACUUAUCAACCAGGGAUUCCUGGAGGAGCCUCUUAUCAACCAGGGAUUCCUGGAGGAGCCUCUUAUCAACCAGGAACCCCUGGAGGACCUAGUUAUCAACCAGGGAUUCCAGGAGCCCCUACUUAUCAACCAGGAAUUUCUACAGGCCCUACUUAUCAACCAGGAAUUCCUACAGGCCCUUACGUAUCGAAAAUUCCAGCUGCAACACCAGCUGUACCAGGAGCACCCGGUUUCGGACCAGGAACACCAUCUAGUCACUAUAUACCCGGAACACCUUCAAUACCACGAAUACCUUAUUCUCAAGUUGUAGAUACACGUCUACCUGCACACAGUUCCACAACGGGUGGAACGUUUAGCGGACAAUUUCAUGGAAGAUAUGAUUCACACCAACAAGCAGAUACAUCGAGAAUCUCCGACCAACAACAAGCAACACCUGAUGGUCGAUUUUCGGGACAGUUUUCUGGAGAUUAUGGAUCUCAUGUGGGUAGGAAUGGAACGUUCGCUGGUCAAUUUUCUGGUACUUACGAUCAUCACAGAGAUGUAACCGCACCAGAGCCGUAUGUGAGACAGCCAAGUACACCUAUGGGACCUUCAGGAGUAUCUGGACAGUACGUGCCAGAAGGUCGAAAACCUGGACAACAUUUGUAUGAACAAUACUUGCCCGGUGCAGGAAUUCCAGGGCAAUAUACACCAGAAAUUGGACAAUUUCCACAAGGUCCGCCUGUUUCUACUGCAGGAACAUCUGGAAUAUCUGGUUAUUAUCCACCAUCACAAGGGCAGGCUAUACCUGGUACUGCACCACCAGGCUUACCCGGAACAGGAUUACCAGGUCAAUAUAUUCCAGGUGUACAACCACCCGGAUUUCCAGCACAAUAUCCCGGUCACAUUCCUAGCACGGGUACCUCAGAAUUACCAGGUCAAUAUAUUCCUGGCAGAGAAGGACAUGGACAACAUAUUCCAGGAAUAGGAACACCGCAUCUUCCAGGACACUAUACACCUUCCGCAACAACGCCUGGAAUACCAAGUCAAUACGUUCCAAGCGGAGGAAUUCCUGGUCAACAAAUUCCAAGCACCGAAAUUUCUAGAUUACCAGGACAACCGGGAACGCAUAUUCCUGGCCAAUAUACAAGUGAUGGUUCACAAUAUAUUCCAGGACAAUAUCAACCGGGAAUACCAUAUGGACCAGGUGUUGAUCCGUCAGGUCAAUAUCCAUAUGGAACGGAAAUUCACCCAUCAAGUCAAUAUCCUUCGGGGUCAGGCAUUGAUCCAUCAAGUCAAUAUCCAUAUGGGACGGGAAUAGGCCCAUCAAGUCAAUAUUCCCCGGGAACAGGCAUCAGUCCGCCAAGUCAAUAUCCCUCGGCGCCAGGUAUCAGUCCACCAAGUCAAUAUCCUUCGACGCCAGGUAUCAGUCCACCAAGUCAAUAUCCCUCUGGACCUGCACCUACUUCCCCAACUCAAUAUCCUUCUAUACCAGGUGUUCCACAUCAAUAUCCCACCGGACAAAUGCCUCCCGGUAUACAAUAUGGCCCGGGAGCCACAAUACCUGGUCAAUACGUACCAGGGCAACAAAUACCCAGUUCGGGAUUACCAAGUCCAUACACACCAGAAUCAGGAGGUCCCGGUUAUUAUGGUCCGGGUAUUCCAAGUACGAAACCGGGUGGACAAGGAUACACACCAGGGCAACCGUCAGGAGUAGUAGAUGAAUUUGGAAGACCAAGUGAUUACAGAAAAAGUGAAGAAACAGCUGAAAGUCUAACAAGAGAUGAUGGACAAUCGCAGGCAGAGAGUUCCGUGCAACAAGUAGCUAACGAAACCCAAGCUUCAGCGUCUGCACAAGGAACCUAUCAAGGAGGUACUGCUCAAUCUCAAGUUUCUGGUAUUUACUCAGGUAGUGGUUCGUUUAGUGCUUCCGCCGGUACUAUAGAUGGUAAAAGAGGUUCACAAACUUCAGUUUCUGGAGGAAAGCAAGGAGCAAUGAGUUCUUCACAGGGAAGUGGUGGUGCAUCACAGUCCCAAGCGCAAGUACAAGUCGCUUCUGCUACUGGCGAAACAAGUUCAAGCGCGCAAAGUGGAGGAAUUAAACACGGUACAAACACACAAGUACAAGCUAGUGAAAAAGGUGGAAUGGCUGACUCGCAAGCCAAUGGCCCAGGAAGUACUUCGUCACAAGCUCAAAUUGGAUUUAUGCCUUAUGAUAAAAACGAAAAAGAUAAUCAGAAAACGCCCUUUAAAGGAGGUGGAUCAGCAAGCGCUCAAGGUGGUGCUUAUACAGGACAAUCUCAAGCACAAAUACAAGGAAAAUUCGCUAUGGGAAUUCGAUACACAGGUGCUGCUCAGGCAGCGUCCGGAAGUAAUGCAACUGUAGCUACCACUCAAUCAAAACCUCCAGGACUUAAUUUUGAUAAUCAACCACCGUCUACGAAUACUCAUACAAGUUCUAUUAAUGUAAAUAAAGUGGAGGAAUCAGAAGAGGAAGAGACUGAGAUGGAGACCACCACUUCACCACCCAAAACAAGAGCUGGAAACACUCAUAAUGAAAGAACCACAGAUGAAGAAGAAUAUGACUAUGACGAAGCCGAUUAUGAAGAAACAAUGGAACCUAGUCCAGGUGUUAACACAAGAACUUUAAUUAAACAAGAAAAUCAUUCGCAAAACCAGCAGAUAGUGUUAGAUCCUUUAGAAGAUCUUGAUGCAACCGUGAUUCAAGACCGUGGUAAUAAAUUACCUGUAGGUACAGUUCUUCAACCAGGUCAACUCAUUCCUGGGUCUCCUGGAAUGCGAAUUCCUCAAGGGUUCAGAGGAAAAGUGACUUCUUCAAUGUCUGGUGAUCGAACAGAAGCUCAAGGACCAAAUUCUCAUGCACAAAGCGUGAAUUUAUCGCCCGGAGCAGGAAAAAUAACUUAUAAGAAACCCGUGUAUACUGUACAAUCAAAAAGUCAAUUACGAAAUGAUGGAUUUGGGUAUGGUACUAGUUACACCUAUCAACCCGCACAAUAUCAUGUAAGAAGCGGAGAUUCGUACCCCAAAUUUGUUUCAGUUGCAAAAACGGAAAAUGGUUAUCAAAGUCCACACACAGGAAAAAAAGUACCAUCUGUUUACUAUACUCAAACAUCAACUUGUGGUUACUUUACAAAUACUUGCGUAUACAAUAAUGGAAAGAAAAUUUGUUUACCUAAACCUAAAACAAAUCCAGAUGGCUCCCCAAUAAAAUGUUAGGUCGUAUCUUUUUAGUUGAAGUUAUUUGUUUGGUUUUUACAUAAAUGGAUAUUUAUUUCUGUUUAUAAUUAAUAUAUAAUUGAUAAAAAUAAUUGUUAUUUGAAUGUUUAUUGAUGUUACUCGUCUUUAUACAAUAAAAGUCUUAUAUAAACAAAUGUAAA